AUGGAACAUUUCAAUUUGUGCUCCUCCUCCUCCGAUUCAUCUUCUUCAGACACUUCUCAUUCGCCUCACAAAACCCAGCACUCUACCGAUCUUCAUACGAUCAAGGGCCCAUGGACUAGUGAAGAAGACAAGAUCCUUACUCGACUUGUUGAACGUUCCGGGCCCUGUAACUGGUCGCUUAUCAGUAAGUACAUCAAGGGUCGAUCAGCUAAGUCUUGUAGACUUCGAUGGUGUAAUCAGCUUUGCCCCAAUGUCCACCAUCGCCCCUUUUCUUGCGAUGAAGAUAACACCAUUUUGGUCGCACAUGCCCAGUAUGGGAACAGAUGGGCAACCAUUGCUCGAUUGCUCCCUGGUCGGACUGAUAAUGCAGUGAAGAACCAUUGGAACUCUACGUUGAAGAGACGGCGGUUUGAGAAUCAGGAGGUGGUUGCUGACGGUGGUGAUUUUAAGAUGAGUUUGAACUGUGGUAGUACUAGUUUUUCUACAUCGGGAUCUCCGUCGAAUGUGGGUGCUGCCGCUGCUGAUGAGUAUGAUCCGAUGACUACUUUGUCUCUGGCACCGCCGGGGAUGGGUGUAUGUGAAAGUGAAACGACGGAAGGAUUACCGAAUGAGUUUUGGGAUGUGUUGAGAGAUGUCAUCGCCAGGGAGGUGAGGGAGUAUCUUUCUACUUCCUUCCCCGAGACUUCUGCGUUCCAUUGA